AUGACUAAGACAGUGCCCAACAUAGAAAUGGUCCUGGUAAAUAGAGAUCAUCAAGAAUUUUUGAGUGAAUUGAAUGGACGAGUCAUUCAUUGGCAUGCUUAUGAACGUAUUACUGCUUCAACUCGUUCAGCCUCCAUCCAGCAGCGACGAGUAAAGUUCAGGGAAGCUGCUCUUUGGGUUCGCUCCAAAACGAGUUGUGCCUGGAGUGAUGUUCAAGCCAAUGUCAGUGCAAGGCAACAGUCCCUGGCCGCCUUCCAGCACCUUUGUAGUGCAUAUGAGCUGGGGGGACCAGGACUUAAAGUUGGAGACCCGGGAGCCAGGAGUUGGCGGAGCGCGCUCGCGCCCGGGCUGACUCGCUCGCGUCCGGCCGCGCGGCUGCAGCGGACCGGCCGGCUCCCGGGACAGGGCCAUGGCCACAGCUCGCCUCGCGCCGGGACCUGCGCCGCGCCGCCUCUAACCGCGGGCUCCCUCUGCCGCGCGGGGAGACGGUUUGCGCCUUGCCCGCGGCCACUGACCAUGACCUUCCACACCAAAGCGCCCGGAAUGGCCCUGCUGCACCAGAUCCAAGCGAACGAGCUGGAGCCCCUGAACCACCCGCAGCUCAAGAUCCCCCUGGAGGGGCCCCUGGGCGAGGUGUACGUGGACAGCAGCAAGCCGGCCGUGUACAACUACCCCGAGGGGGCCGCGUACGAGUUCAGCGCCGCGGCCGCCGCCUCCGCGCCCGUCUACGGCCAGUCCGGCCUCGCCUACGGCCCCGGGUCCGAGGCGUUCGGCGCCAACGGCCUGGCGGGCUUUCCUCCGCUCAACAGCGUGUCCCCGAGCCCGCUGGUGCUGCUGCACCCGCCGCAGCAGCUGUCGCCCUUCCUGCAGCCCCACGGCCAGCAGGUGCCCUAUUACCUGGAGGACGAGCCGAGCGGCUACGCCGUGCGCGAGGCCGGCCCUCCCGCGUUCUACAGGCCAAAUGCAGAUAAUCGACGUCAGGGUGGCAGAGAGAGAUUGGCCAGUAGCAGUGACAAAGGAAGUUUGGCCAUGGAGUCCACCAAGGAGACCCGCUACUGUGCAGUGUGCAAUGACUAUGCCUCAGGCUACCAUUAUGGGGUCUGGUCCUGUGAGGGCUGUAAGGCCUUCUUCAAGAGAAGUAUUCAAGGACAUAAUGACUACAUGUGUCCAGCUACCAACCAGUGCACGAUCGAUAAGAACAGGAGGAAAAGCUGCCAGGCCUGCCGGCUACGCAAAUGCUAUGAAGUGGGAAUGAUGAAGGGCGGGAUACGGAAAGACCGAAGAGGAGGGAGAAUGUUGAAACACAAGCGCCAGAGAGAUGAUGGGGAAGGCAGAAAUGACAUGGGGCCCUCUGGGGACAUGAGAGCUUCCAAUUUUUGGCCAAACCCUCUCUCGAUUAAGCACACUAAGAAGAACAGCCCAGCCUUAUCGCUGACAGCCGAUCAGAUGGUCAGUGCCUUGCUGGACGCUGAGCCCCCCGUACUGUAUUCUGAGUACGAUCCUACCAGACCCUUCAGUGAGGCUUCAAUGAUGGGUUUACUGACCAACCUGGCAGACAGGGAGUUGGUUCACAUGAUCAACUGGGCAAAGAGGGUGCCAGGCUUUGUGGAUUUGGCCCUCCAUGAUCAGGUCCACCUUCUGGAAUGUGCCUGGUUAGAGAUCCUGAUGAUUGGUCUUAUCUGGCGCUCUAUGGAACACCCAGGGAAGCUCCUAUUUGCUCCUAACUUGCUCUUGGACAGGAACCAGGGGAAAUGUGUAGAGGGCAUGGUGGAGAUCUUUGACAUGUUGCUGGCUACGUCAUCUCGGUUCCGUAUGAUGAAUGUUCAGGGAGAGGAGUUUGUGUGCCUCAAAUCUAUCAUUUUGCUUAAUUCUGGAGUGUACACAUUUCUGUCCAGUACCCUGAAGUCUCUGGAAGAGAAGGACUAUAUCCACCGGGUCCUGGACAAGAUCACAGACACCUUGAUCCACCUGAUGGCCAAAGCAGGCCUGACUCUGCAGCAGCAGCACCGGCGCCUGGCCCAGCUCCUCCUCAUCCUCUCCCACAUCAGGCACAUGAGUAACAAAGGCAUGGAGCACCUGUACAGCAUGAGGUGCAAGAACGUGGUGCCCCUCUACGACCUGCUGCUGGAGAUGCUCGAUGCCCACCGCCUGCAUGCCCCUGCCAACCACGAGGGUGCCCCCAUGGAAGAGACAAACGAGAGCCAGCUGGCCACCACGGGCUCCACUUCAUCGCAUUCCUUGCCAACGUACUACGUCACUGGGGAGGCAGAGAGUUUCCCCACCACAGCCCAAGAGCUCCUGACUCCCCCAAGGUUCUGA